AUGUCAAAUAAUAAUAAUAAUAACAACAAUAAUAAUAAUGAAGAUAUUGAUAAUAAUGAAUCUCAACAACAGGAUAAUGAGGAACAACAACAACAACCAAAGGUAUCAACAUUCAAUGAACAGCAACGUCAAAUAAGGGAACAUCAGCAGGUAAUAGAUAAACAAAAUCAACUUCUUCAACAACACAUUCAAUUAAUAAAUCAACAAUCUCAACAACAAUUAAAUAACCAUUCAACACCACCAUCAUCACCCAAACAUUACAACACCAAUAACUUCAGCAGCAAUAACCAACACAAUAAAAAAAUCAUUAGGAAAAACUAA